GCGUGCAUUGUGACGUAGGAGCGCCUAAGCAUGCAUCAAAUAAGGAAGUCUCAGAUCCGGUAGUUCCCCUUUACUUUAAGAGAACUAUUAGAUAGUUCGGUUAAAACCCAGUUCAAGCUUCGCCAUCGCAUGUUCAAAAAGUCUUGCCUUUUCAUGCGUUUCCCGUCUUUAAAAUUGAGUUUGUAGUCAUAUUUUCUUACCGUAACCAGUUGAAACCGCAACAAAGGUGAAAAGCAGACAACAGGAUGGAUGUUACUCACCUGACGGAGGACGAAAUGGCCGAUAUAAAGAAGGAAGCCAUAGAGAGGUUACGCCCAUACCUGGUGGAUAAGAUCAUCGCAGAGCGGCACUUUGAUUACUUGCGCUCAAAGAAAAUCCUGACCAGAGAUGAUACAGAGGAGAUCAGCUGCAGAACCACGAGAGGGAGACGCACCAGCAAACUGCUGGAUAUCCUGGCAGAAAACCCUCGGGGUCUAGACAUGCUCAUAGAGUCCAUCAAAUGGGGCCGAACACUCAACUUCAUCAUCGCAAAGAUCACUGAUGAAGUGCAGAGCGUGAAAAAUGAGCGACUGGAAGCUUUAAAAGCAGGGUCCUCUGCAAAUUCAUGUUAUUCAAGUACAAAAGGAGCAACCAAUGACUUCUCCAAAAUGGACCCGGACUAUGACAAGUACUCUACUAUAUGCUAUCAUCCAGAAGGGGAAGGAAGUCCGUCGUCCUCUGUGGCUACGGGAUCCUUUAACCUGCAUUACGGCUCGGGUCGAGGGAACGAGGCGGUGUCAGUCUGCGGCGGCGCUGGGAGCAUGAACGUGUCCUCCAACAUCUCAUCAAGCCUGCCUAAACCUGGAGACCCUGGAGCUCCGCCGCUGCCCGAGGAGCCCGAUAUGGACAACCAGGAUAUAGAUGCUGCUGUUUGUGGAAGUACAGGAAGUAGUGGGGAUGCUAACUUCCAGCCGCUGCGCUCACGUUCUCUGGCUCCGAUGUCUCACAUGUCGUAGCGCAGCCUUUGGAUGUAAUCUCCUGCAUUCCAUCAAUGCGUGAGAUGCAGAACAUUCUCCAAAACAAAUGUCUCUAAUCAGCACUGUCACACUGCUAAUCUUUCUUCUGCUUGUUAAAUGUGCUUAAUUAAAACAAGCUUAUGCUGAACAUUUUGUUUCUACUUACUUUAAAUGUCUCCAAUCAUGUAGAACUGAAUUUUACUUCAUUUAGUUAACACUUUACUUAAAGCAUUUAUUUAUAAUGCAUUAAAAAGGGAUUCAUAAUGUAUCUUUUAAUGCAUAAUGUAAUUUCAUAAAUAAUUGGAACCAAGUUAAAAUGCAUUAUAAUUACCAUAGUGCUGUCAAAUCCAAAUACGUUUUUUUUUCUCCAUAAUAUAUGUGUGUUCGGUGUAUAUUUAAAUACACAUGCAUACAGUAUAUAGUUUGAAAGUAUUUACAUGUCUAUAUUUAUAUUUAUAAUUUAUAUAAUAAAUAUUUAAUAUGUAAACAAAACUUUUCUGAAAUGUAUACAUAUAUGUGUGUGUAUUAUAAUAAAUAAACACAGUACACACACAUACAUAAUGUAAACAAAAACUUUUUUGGAAGCGAUUAAUCGCGAUUAAUCGUUUGACUGCACGGAUUAUAAUAUUUGAAGGCUUGUUUGUCAAGUGUUAUACUUUCUGAAGGUGUAACAAUGAAGAGAAAAGCUUUGUAACUGUGGUUACCAUUAUUUAUGAAAUCAUGCAAUGCAUUAUAAGGUGCAUUAUAGGGCGUAAUUAAUGCAUUAAAUCUAAGGCUUCAAGUAAAGUGCUACGUGUUUUUUUUUUUUUUUUUUUGUAGAAGUAAACUGGGCAGUGGAUUUCUGGUUCCCUGCAUGCUUUGCAUAGGGCUGGAUUGGAACAGUUAAAUGUUACUUAAGUGAUAGGAGAGUAAAAUGUGUUAUUCUGAGUAAAGGGAAAACCCUGUUGGUGUUUACUGCUGUUAUGCUGACAUUUAAAGAGUUUCUAUAUUGUGAUUUUGUGGUUACCAUUGUGCUGAAGAGUAAAGCUUGUGGUUAAGUUAAGUGGGUGGAUCCAUGAUUUAAGUUGUAUAGUAUGUUGUUCCACUCAAUGAGCAAUAAUGCUGUGAUAACAUCAGCGUAGAGUUCACUGCAAACAAUUGCUGUUCUGACUACAGAAAGUGUUUAAAUAUACAGUAAAAGUCAAAGGGUUUCUAUUACUCACUUUUACAAGUAAACAGUUGUGUAACUUAUUGAAAAGGGAAGACUUUAGGUAAUGUGCUGUUAAGGUGGAUUUUACAUGUGAUUAAAUCUACCCAAACAAAUUGAGAGCAAAUUGUUAUCUUGGUUUCAUUCUGGAACCUUAGCAGUUUUUACAGUGCAUUACUGUAAAUGAUCCUAGCCUAUAAUAAUGAUGAUUUUCAUGGUGUUUAUAUUUUGUUAAACAUGUUAUAUAGUCAUAUAUAGUAACAGGUCAUCAGUUUAUAGUAGCCUAUAAAGUGUAUAACUUACCGUAAUUGGUCACACUAUAUUAGUUGGCUAUAACUACUAUGUACUAACAUUAUUAAAUGCAUACAACAAUGUGGAUUUCCUGGGUAA